CUUUCCAUUUGAGCAGUUGUCCAUCACACAGGUCACGGAGAAAGAAGAAUACAACUCGGGAACACACUUUUGAUAUUUCCACUCGCCUUUUUAUUGGACAUCCAUUUCAUCUCAGAAGGAGUGCUCAUAGAAUUUCUUAAAGAUGUGUACAGGAAAGUGCGCCAAAUGCAUUGCAGUGGUUCUGUAUCCACUGGCAUUGAUAUCGAUCAUUUGCAACAUUCUACUGUUUUUCCCCGACUGGAAAACAGAAUAUGCUCAGAGUGACUCGAAUAUCGUAACACUCACACCAGAGGUGACCUACAUGGGGGGAUUGCUUGGCGGUGGUAUUAUGGUUCUUGUACCAGCCAUCCAUAUUCAUUUGACCGGGAAGGUAGGCUGCUGUGCCAAUCGCUGUGGGAUGUUUCUGUCCAUUGGGUUUGCAGCGCUGGGUGUGGUCGGUGCUCUGUACAGCAUGAGUGUGGCUGCUCUAGGCCUGUCCAAAGGGCCCAUAUGUCGCUACUGGUCUAUUGAAAACCCUAUUUUUGGACAAUGGGGCAGACCGUUUGACAAUAAUGGGACAUACCUGUCCAAUCCAGACAGCUGGAAGUUAUGUCUUGAGCCUGAAAAUGUUGUGGAGUUCAACGUUGCCCUGUUCGCAGUCCUCUUGGCUACUGCUUGCCUGGAGCUGGGCCUGUGUGGCUUCCAGAUGGUCAACGGUCUCUUUGGCUGCCUCUGUGGAACAUGCAGAGGCAAAGAGGACGAAUGAAGGAAUGAAGAAGAACCCCCAGAAGACACACUUCACC